AUGGUCACUAGAAUUACGCGUAGCCAUCUCACCAGCAGGUUGAGCAAGUGCCCCCUUUUAACUAUUAAGGGAGAACGAGAUGAAAAUGUAUUGCCCUUCAGAUAUUGGGUACUACUUCUAAAAGUGAAAUAGUCCAGUAAUCCAUUAGCUCUUCAAGAAAGCAAGCUUAGUAGAUAACUAAGUAUACUGCACGAAAGCAUAGAUUAACGUAUUCUACCUGAAUAUAGCCAACCUGAUACUGUAUUUCAGCAAAAAGUUGUCCGAGGUGAAAUUAGAUGCAAUGACGUCAUCUAUGAGAAUUUGUCAUAGCUGUGUUUCCCCUCUCCGCAAUAAUUAAAAAUCUACUGUGGAAAGAAAAUUCGUCUCCAACCAAGGAAACACAUCACUGAAUUUAGGAUUGAAAGCUUCAUUUAGAUGUACAAAAUUGCAAUAUAGCGUCCAUAUGAAAAAAGCGAAAUUGGUGAUGGAAGUCGAAAGAGGAAACCUCGAACUGAAGAUUUGACUACAUACAUCCUGCAGAGGAGAAGAAGUGAAAAUGACAACUUGUAAUUUGCUUUGAAAUCUCAGUUAAAGUCCGAAAUAAUAAAGAAUGAAUUUUUCAUA